UCCUCGCCGGAGCCCCUGGGGAGAGCCCCUCACCGUUUUAACGUGACUUGGCACAGAAUAAGUACUUUGAAAAACAGAAGGUAAGCCAGCCACCCAGCCCACAGGCCCCAGAGGACACAGGCUCCGCUUCAUAAGGAGAGGCCUCCCCACUCUGGCCUCCAGGCACCUCAGCUUUGGGGCGGGGUGGAUGUCAACCCCCCCCCCCCCCAUUGGAGGCUUUGAAACCUCAGCUGACACAGAGCCGGAAAGAAGCACCUUCUGACAUCCUGUCGUCCCGGGUCUGGGCCAUCAGAGCAGGGGGUGCUGGAGGAGAGCUGAGGAGGGGCCCUGGGCUGGGGCCUGGGCCUCUGCCUCCCACCCCCGGCCCUUGGGGGGCUCCGUGGAGGUGACGGCUCCUGCCACCUUCCUUUUCUUUUCCCUCAACUUUUUUUUUUUUUUAACUAAACCUUUUAUUUUGAGAUCACUGUGGAGCCACAUCUAUCGUUUCAACUUUUUACACAGAAAACUUUCAAACCCUUAAACAAGCGAUGAGAGCAGCGCGACACCUACGUACCCCUCACCCCCGUUCGCCCAUUCAUGUCUGAUUGAGCUAAUGGUGUUUAAUCUAUUACCCAUAGCUAUAUAGACAUAGACAUACAUAGAGAAACAUGGACACACUCUAUCCACUAGGAAAUAGGACGCAUAUAUUUCUAAUAUGUAUAUAAUGAUUUUAUAUGUGUAUAUAUAAUGACUAUGUAUGUAUGUAAUUUUAUUUUAUUUAUUUUUUUCCCGCUUCUUUCUGCGGAGAGGGACUGGAAGCAAUGACACCUCCGUACUGAUAAACACACCCAAUAGCAGCUCGGUCCUGGGUUCUAAACACCGUCCUGCACGCCUCAGAGAGGGCUGGUUCCAGGGCUGGGCCAGGAGUCCCGGAGGAGCCCGGAGCACACCGUCCAAGAGGCGGGAGGUGCUCCGAGGACGGCGGGGAUGUGCCAAAAGGGCAAGGGGGCAUCUUGAGGCGCCCCGCCGGCCCAGUCUGGGACCAUGGAAACAUCCAGAAUAAACAGUAAUAGUAACCGAUCAGAGCCAGUGACUGACAUCUGAGAGCAUGUUGUCACCCUAUUGAUACAGAUGAAGGAGGGAAAACGCUUUUUUUACAGAAGAAAACCAAUCUGACUUCGCGCUGAUCUGUCCGUGUCCCAUCUGACACCACCAGGCUCCCCCUCACCUGCCCCUUCCCGGAGGUCCGGGUCCCCCUCCCUCCCUGGAGAGAACCUUGGUUCCAGACAGCUUUGCUGUGUUUAGUCGUUUACGUUCUUUCCCACGACACGCACACACUCGUCCCAGAAGUGUUGCACCUGGUCCACUGCCCGCAGCAAACCCAAGUGGGAAGUCUCCGUCUCAGCUUCAAAAGCACAAACACGCUCUCAAAACAAAGGAAGACGGUCCUCGACUGCAGAGGAAGCAGGAAGCUGCCGGCCCUGCGCGGAGCCCCGCUGCCGGGGCUCGGGGACGGCGGCAUGGAGUCCGUGGCCCUGUACAGCUUCCAGGCCACGGAGAGCGACGAGCUGGCCUUCAACAAGGGGGACACACUCAAGAUCCUGAACAUGGAAGACGACCAGAACUGGUACAAGGCUGAGCUCCGGGGCGCCGAGGGGUUCGUCCCCAAGAACUACAUCCGCGUCAAGCCUCACCCGUGGUACUCGGGCAGGAUUUCCCGGCAGCUGGCAGAGGAGAUUCUGAUGAAGCGGAACCACCCCGGAGCCUUCCUGAUCCGGGAGAGCGAGAGCUCCCCAGGGGAGUUCUCCAUCUCUGUGAACUACGGGGACCAGGUGCAGCACUUCAAGGUGCUGCGAGAGGCCUCAGGGAAGUACUACCUGUGGGAAGAGAAGUUCAACUCUCUGAAUGAGCUGGUCGCCUUCUACCGGACCACCACCAUCGCCAAGAAGCGGCAGGUCUUCCUGCGGGAUGAGGAGCCCCUGGCCAAGCCGCCCCGCGCCUGCUUUGCCCAGGCCCAGUUUGACUUCUUGGCCCAGGACCCCUCCCAGCUCAGCUUCCGCCGCGGUGACAUCAUUGAGGUCAUGGAGCGCCUCGACCCCUGCUGGUGGCGGGGCCGGCUCUGCGGCCGCGUCGGCUUCUUUCCGCGGAGCUACGUCCAGCCGGUGCACCUGUGACCAGAGUGGGCCCGGGGUAGGGCCCGCGGACCGGCCGUCCACUGGGCACCAAGGUCCGGAGAGAGGACACAGGCACCCCCAGCCCGGGGCCUUGGACGGGAACGCGCGCCUCCUGACGGUCUGGCCGGCCUCCUGCGCUUCAUGCCAACUGGGACUGGCCCGGAGCCCUGGAGCCACCUCCACGCUCAGCGCCCACAGGCUAGGGGGGCGCUGGGGUCUCCGCUGGCCUCUUCCCGUUGGCCACCGGCUGUGUGACGUCACAGGGUGGCCGGCAGGGCCCGCCCACUCCCAGCCCCAACGGCCCCACCCCCAGAGAGGGCUCCGGACUCCUGGGUCCCACCCCCUGGGGGCUCACGCCAAGGAACCAGGGGCUGGGUGGGUGACCACCCGCUGGCCUGCCCGCCCCUCCGUCCGAAAGCCCCAAAGGCUGGCUCCCGGGCGAGGCGGCCGGGGCCCUGCACACCCGUGACCUGGACUCACUGGACAGGCUCCCGGUGGAGGUCGACUUCCGGGGCUGCCCCUGGCGUCCAGCAGCCCCGCCCACCACAGGUGCCCCGCGGGGAGGCUGGAGGCCCUGCGGAGGGGGGCCCGGGCUGAGAGAAACGGAGGCAGCCGCUCCUGCCCCGCUGGCCCCGCAGGGUGGACGAGCUCUGAGGGGCCGGCCUCGGACGCGGCCCCCUGGGAGACAUAGCUGCGCCUGCUCUUACGCGUUCUGGCCCAGGUUCUGCCCGGACCAGGGCCUGGGGAAGCGUUGGGGACGACAGGCCAGGCAGGGGGUUGGGGCCAGAGCUGGGCCGUGAGGUCCAGGGGCAUCCAGAGGGGCGGGCAGCCGCUGUGGGGCCCCGGCUCGAGGGAGGGCAGGGUGUCCACAGGGAAGCUGCCGCC